GGAGUUGGUUCAGUUGCCAGCAAGUCCGCCUUCGGUUGCAGCUGGGAGGUGCUUUCGGCCGGUGGGGGCUCUGCCUCCGCCCCACUGUUUUUUUUGGGGGGUGGGGGGCCGGCCUGGGCCUCCUACCCUCCAUUCAGGCCUUGCUGCAACUUUCUCUCCCCCUUACCCUGCACCUUAAGGAUCACUUUUCCCCUUACAGGGGGCGAUCCCCCCCCCUUCUUUAUUCCCUCUGUUUUAAAGGCUUUUGACCCCCCCCCAAUUUAUUUUUGCACAAUGGCAACCGAGCAGUUAGAAAAAAUUCUUUCCGACUUAUUGCAGCCUGACAAUGCCAUCAUCCAACAGGCUACAAUUCAGCUGAAAGAGGCCCUCAAGCAGCCCACGGCACUCUCCCACCUCUGCCAGGUGAUGUCAAAGUCUCCGGACCCCCAGAUCCGGCAGUUUGCAGCCGUGCUGGUGAGAAGGCGCCUGACCAAACACUGGCGGAAGCUUCACGCAACCGAGCAGGACAUGCUGAAGAACUUAGUCCUGAGCACCCUGCAGCAGGAAACAGACCACAAGGUCUGUCUCGGCCUGGCCCAGUUGGCUGCUGUUAUCCUGAAGAACGAGACGCUGGAGAAAUGGCCGCAGCUGCUGCAGCUCAUCCAACAUGGAGCCCGGUCCCGGGACCCCACCCAGGCUCAGGUGGGAUUGCUGCUUCUGAAUUCUGCUCUGGAGCUGGACACCGAUGUCUUUGCACCGCACUACAAGGAGCUCUUGCGCCUUUUCCACCAGACUCUGAAGGAGCACAGCCAGCCGGCUACCCUCUACUACUCGCUCCGCAGCCUGAGCACCAUGGCAGCGGGGCUGGGUUCGGACGAAAUGAACCUGAUGUCUUCAAUGGUGCCCAAACUGAUAGCAGCCGUCCGGGAACUGAUCCGUGUCAAUGAGGCCCAAGCCAGCGAAGCGAUGGAGGUCUUCGACGAACUCAUGGAGACCGAAGUGUCCAUCAUUGUGCAGCAUCUCUCGGAGGUCGUUGGCUUCUGCCUUGAGGUGGCCUCUAAUCCAGCCUUGGGUGACAACCUCCGGGUGAAAGCCUUGUCCUGCAUCAGCUUCCUCAUCAAACUCAAGGGCAAGGCCAUCCUGAAGCACAAGCUGCUGUCGCCCAUCCUAAACGCCCUCUUCCCCAUCAUGAGUGCGGAGCCGCCCCCGGGCCAAAUGGACGCUGAGGAUGAGCUGACCGAAGAGGACAUUGAGGACCAAGCCGAAGUCCAGACGCCCAAGCACUUCGCGGCCCAGGUAGUGGAUAUGUUGGCGCUCCAUCUUCCCCCGGAGAAGCUCUUCCCGCAGCUGACGCCUCUGAUGGAGCCUGCGCUCUUGAGCCCCAACCCCUACCAUCGCAAAGCUGGCCUCAUGUGUUUGGCGGUGCUGGCGGAAGGCUGCGGGGAUCACAUCCGGAACAAGUACCUUCAGCCCAUGCUGCAAGUGGUUUGCCGGGCCCUGUCGGACGACAGCCAGGGUAGUGUAUAGCAGCAGCCCUCUUCUCUAGGGCAGUCUGAGAACCUGCAGCCGGACAUCGCUCGCUACUCUGACGAGAUCAUGCCGUUGCUCUUGCGCUACUUGGAGGGGGUGGAGCUGGCCCACACCAGCCACUUGGCCAAAGCCUACUACGCCCUGGAGAACUUUGUGGAGAACCUCGGUGACAAGAUUGCUCCCUACCUGCCAGCCCUGAUGGAGCGCAUGCUCACCACCUUGAGUUCCCCUGGCAGCCCCAGGACCAAGGAGCUGGUCGUCAGUGCCAUUGGAGCCACUGCCCAGGCUGCCCGGGGAACACUCCUACCUUACUUCCAAGCAAUUAUGGACCAUCUGACAGGCUACCUGCUGACCACCCGAGAAGACCUCCGAGCAGUCCAGAUUCAAUCUGUCGAGACGCUGGCCAUCUUGGCUGGCUCCAUGGACAAGGAAGUCUUUCUGCCGCUGGCUGAGAAGUGCUGCCAGCUCGGCCUGGACCUCUGUGACCAAGUGGACGACCCCGACUUGCGGAGAUGCACGUACAGCCUCUUCGCCUCGCUGUCCCUCGUGAUGGAGGAUUCCAUCGCACCGUAUCUGCCCCGGAUCACUUCCCUGAUGCUCUGUUCUCUCAAGUCUACCGAGGGCAUCGAGCCGCACUACGGCACCGGCAGCUCCUUCCUCUUGUUCGACGAUGAGGAAGAGGAAGCUGAGGUGGAGGGAGACGAGAGCCUGACCGAUGAAGAAGAGGACGACGAUUCGGAGCUGACGGGGAUGAGUGUGGGAAACGCCUUCAUGGAUGAGAAAGAAGACGCCUGCUCGUCCCUGGGAGAGAUCGCAGUCAACUCCAGCCUGGCCUUCUUGCCUUUCAUGGAGAAUUGCUUCCAAGAAGUCUUCAAACUGUUGGAGUGCUUCCAUGUCGGUGUGAGGAAAUCUGCCUUCACUGCUCUGGGGCAAUUCUGCAUCUCGUUGCAUAAGGUUUGCGAGCGGGAUCCGUCCGAGCCCAACGGUGCCGCCCUGCAGACGCUGCUCUCCCGGGUGCUGCCCGCCUACGUCAAGGGAAUCAGGGAGGACAAGGAACGCCAGGUGGUCAUGGACAUUUUGGAGACCCUGGUGAAGCUGGUGAAGGUGUGCCGGCAAGAGGCCUUCCGGGCGCCCGGGCACCUGGCGGAGCUGUGCCGGGUGAUCCGAGAGGUGCUGGAGAAGAAGACGGCCUGCCAAGAUGACGACGUGGAGGAAGAUGAGGAGGGGGAGGCGGAGGAAGAGGCGGAAUACGACGCGAUGCUGAUUGAGUUUGCUGGGGAAGCGAUUCCCGCCUUUGCCGAAGCGGUCGGCGGAGACGUCUUCGCCCCUUAUUUCGCCGGCUUCCUUCACUUACUCAUCAAGAAGAUGAAGCCCAGCUGUUCGGCCUCGGACAAGUCCUUUGCGGUGGGCACGAUAGCAGAAGCCAUCCAGGGCCUGGGCCGGGCGUCCAGCUCCUUCGUGCCACGCUUGGUGCCGUUGUUGAUGGGUGCAGCCCACGACGCGGACAAGGAGGUGCGCAGCAACGCCGUCUUUGGGCUGGGCGUGCUGGCGGAACACGGUGGAGAAUUCGUGUACGAUCAUUACCCGAAGCUUCUGGGCCUUCUGUCCGACCUCAUUGCUCAGGAACACGACAGCCGGGUGGCGGACAACGUCUGCGGGGCUGGGGCACGGAUGGUGAUGGCCAACCCUGGAGGGGUUCCCAUCGGGCAGAUUUUCCCCUUCUUGCUCCGCGCUCUUCCCCUGAAGGAGGAUCAGGAAGAAUACAAGACCGUUUUCCAUUGCUUCAGCUUCAUAUAUGAACACACAAUCCCUCUAGCAGGUGCUCCAACUGAUAGGAGACCUUUUGCAAGCCUGCAGCCGUGUCCUGGGGAUCGAGGACGUCCCGGCAGAUGCCCGCAACACCCUGGUAACGUUCCUCCGCGAUCUGUCCGGCCGCCACCCGGCCCAGUUCCAGUCAGCCGCCCUCUGCCUGCCUUCGGAAUCGCAGGCCCUGCUCAGAGCAGCUAUCAGCUCCUCUUGAGGAGGCCGAGGAGGCGGUGGCAAGAGCCCCCCGCUUCCUCAGGCUCCGUAUGGUUGAAGAGGAUUCCUCUCAGACGCCGGCCGUUUCGAUCGCGUACCCUUGUGCCAUAUGAACGUUGACGUUGGGGACUGACCGGUCCUCGCCACCGAUGCCACCACAGCUUCCCUCCUGUCUUGUGUUCUUGGUUUCCUGUUGCCAGUUGGCGUCUCCUGGCCCACUCCGCAGGGAGGUGUUUUUGGCACCCUUGGCGGCUGCAGUCUUCUCCACGUUCGCCGUCCUGUUUUUCGGUUGCAGGAGAGUUUUCACACACCCAGAGGUGCCUCGUAGCUGAAAUGUCUUAUUCUCUGCCGGUGGGAGUUGCGCGGGCAGCCGUUUUAAUGGAUUCUCCUGUAUAAUGGUUUGUUUAGUGCAGUGGUGGCGAACCUUUGGCACUCCAGAUGUUAUGGACUGCAAUUCCCAUCAGUCCCUGCCAGCAUGGCCAAUUGGCCAUGCUGGCAGGGGCUGAUGGGAAUUGCAGUCCAUAACAUCUGGAGUGCCAAAGGUUCGCCACCACGGGUUUAGUGGGACCAGGAGGGCCCUCUCUCGCACGCUCCCGUGGGUCCCGGCCUUUGUUUUCCAGUACAGACCAUCCCAACCAGUUUGCCUCGAUGGCCAAAGGAAAUUUGCGUUGCCAAACCAAACUUGCAGCUAGCCAAGAUGACCGGGCCAGCAUUCCACACUGGCCCGGAGGCUUGGCUUCAGCGGGUGAGUGUUGCGCGAUAGUCACUCCCCUAUUUAUACACCAAGUCACGUCUCCCAAUCAUUGCCGGACGGGGGCAGUGAUUGUUUCGCUUAUGCCAAAGCUAGCAACCUUGCAGUCUCAAUUUUGCCAUGCGCCGAGGUUGCUUCUCUGGGACUUAAUAGUGUUUCUGAGGGGGAGAUGUUUCUUGCUCCCAAAUACGGCGUGGGGUGGUUUCCUUUCGUUCGCUGACAGGAAGUGUGGUUGCGGGUGGAUGGGUUUGUUGUGUGAGACGUCUCAAGCUACUGUCUUCCUUCCGAAGUAGACCAAAAAAAAAAUGACUCACAACCUGACCCUCUUCCUCACCAACUGCCAGGCCAAAGAGUUCAGUCGACUGAAAGGUUACAAGCCUUGGUUCUUCUCCUCACCAGCCUUGGGUGUGUGUGUGUGUGUAUACACAGUUCAGCGUUGUUUCUGACACAAGCACCCUGUGCAUAUCAUCUGGCCACCAAGACGGCCGGUCGUUUUUUGGGUCCGGCUGUCCUGCCAGCCCCCUUUUGACCCGCGCUAAAACAAAAUGGCUGCUGCUGCCGCCGCAAUGGACUCGCCUUCUUCCUCACUAUCGGUGGGCCUGUUCCGAGCCCAAGUGUUUGGGCUUCUCCUCGUCUUCCUUGCCCUGUUGGGAAUCGUUCCCAGAGCUGCUGCCCUGCCCCCCGUGUACUCCCUUGCAGGAUUGUUGUGUUCUUUUUGCCAAAAGUAUUAGUGAUUCUUCACUAGUCACUGAUGUUUGUUCUUUGGCGAGUGUUGGGACUGUUCUUGGUGUUCUCCUGGCUUGGAGCAGUGAACAGUGAAAUAGUUUGUAUUUAACAUUUCGCCUUCUGUUUUGGUAUUAUUAUUUUUUUUGAGAGAAAGACAAAAAAUAUAUUGUAUACCUUGCAAAUAAAAAAAUUAUUUAGCCUGGA